AUGUUAUGUUUUUCGGUGGCUUAUCACGUUGUCACGACAGAGAGAGCUGAAGAAGAGCUUCAAGACCUCCUCGUAUCGCUUUCCUUGUCCAUACGCCUUGACGGUGUGCCAAAAUCUUCUGAACAACUUCAGGUGAAUUUCCUUGUUGACGAAGUUGGCUUUGGCCUCGGGCAUGAGUUGCAGGAGCCGAGGGAAAGAUUGGUCCGUGUUCUUCCGAAUGUACUGUUUGCUGUGACACCACCAACCCUCUAUGGGGUUGGUUUCAAAGUGGUACUUCGGACAGAACACGACCUUGAUUGUACCGAAGAGCAAGUUUUUCGAGCUUGCUGA